CUAGAAUAGGAAGUAGACUUUUUCAUUUAUUCGGUCGCCAGGCGUGGCUUCCCCUUCUUAAAAAAAGUCCAAUCAACCUUCGGAGUUUCAUUGCGACAAACAGACGGAGACGGACAGAUGUUCACGCACAGUCAAAUGAUUGCAACUGUUCUGCUGCUGUGCGCUGUCGGCGCGCAUUGCUGCACUGGCAUGGCGGCCCCAGAGAACUGCGUACCAAGUUACGAGGUGGAGUGCUUCCACCCCGCGCAGCACCUCAAAGCAUCGGCUCCAGUCCGUCUGGAGGUGGGUGCGGGGAAGAGACUGAUCAUCUCCUUAGAGGGCCUGCACGGGUGCGGCGCGUGCAGCCUGAGCGGAGGAUGGCACGCCGUAAAAGCCAUAAAUGGAAGCUUGGUCUUGACAGAGCUAUCUGAGGGGGAUUCUGGGGAGUACGCACUCAGAUGUGGCCUGAACUUCUCAUUGUCCUUUGCUCUACAUGUACUCACGCCUCCCGCAAAACCUCGUUUGAGCCUGGUCCGGCUCGACAGCCCAGGGUAUUCUCCCUGGUUUAAGUGUGCGUCUGAAGGCCGCCCAACGCCUACUCUGAAGUGGUCAAGCAUGCAAGAUAAAGCCGAAGCAAGUGUAGGAAAAAGUGAGAGCACAAUCUCCAGUAUUCGCUUCAUAAACAAAGAAGUGAUGUGUUGUGCGACUAACAGCCAGGGGCAGGAAUGCUCCCAACUCUACGACUACGACUUAGAGAGUGACCUGUUGAAAAAGGAGCAGGUCUCCAGCGUGAUUUUGAGUCCCGGGCAGCCUCUUCUGCUUCGCUGCCGGAUUCAACGCCGGCCGAACCGAUGGGCGGCGUGGGAGAAAGACGGACAACUGUUGACAUCUGCCGCAUUAGCGUGCCCUGCAAAAGUCAAGGAAGAGAUGUGCGUAAAAAAUGACUCGCACGGGACAAGCUUGAUGGCUUACUUGUUUAUCGAGUCCGUGGACGCGGUCCACGGCGGUACGUACACCUGCAGGAAUCAAGAUCACACCAGCAAGUCUGUCAACGUCAGCGUCCAGGCGGAAGAUUUCCUGUCAGUGGAGCUGGAUGGCAAAAAAAUUCUCUCGGCUGGAGAGGCGGGUGACGCCUGUUUGCAAGCCGCCGUCUUUUACCACCCGGCACUGCAGCGGUGUACGUGGGAGACGCCCGAUGGCAACGUGUCCAAGUGCAUCACCGAGGACUGGGUCACCGUGCACAGGACGGUGAAGCUGUGCGGCGGAAUCAAAUCAGGAGAAUACAAGCUAAACGUGAAGGCGGGUGAACAAAAGAGAAGCGCCUCCGUGUUUGUGUGUGUUGUAGACCAACCCAAAUUUCAAUUCAGCGUCCGCGACAACAGCAUCAGCGUGCAUACGUCCAGCGCCGUACCGGCAAAUUACACCUGGAUGUCGUGUUCACCCGGCAACCAAAGCUGCGACGCUCGCUCCCUCUGGGAGGAGGUCGCCGACGCUCGGCGAAGCGACUCUAACGUACGGUGCCGAAAAAGCAUCCAGAGCUCGACCGGUGUAGGUGUGGCACAUGGACGCUAUUUAAAGUUUUGUCUGCAAAACUCAGUUGGCUCCUGGUGCUCGGCCCCGCACUACUACCCGCCUUCCCCGCAGGCCUCCACAGGAGAGGAUAAAAGUCGAUACACGGCGCUAAAAGUUGGCAGCGUGAUCCUGGUUGUGGCUUUGUUCACCGUCACUGUGGCGCUCCUGUGCUUUGUCAAGAAGAAGAAAGCCCAGUAUCAGCCCCAGCUGCAGAUGAUCCAGAUGGUGGGCCCAAAUGACAAUGAUUACAUCUACAUUAACUUCAAGGAUUUUGAGUAUGAUCGCAAAUGGGAGUUUCCCAGGGAGAACCUGGAAUUAGGGAAAGAACUGGGCUCCGGUGCUUUUGGCACGGUGGUGCAGGCCACGGCGAACGGGAUCAACGGCGCGUCACAGCAGGUGGCCGUCAAGAUGCUUAAAGAGAAACACCAGCAAGUGGAGAAAGAGGCUCUGAUGUCCGAACUCAAAAUGCUGACGCACAUCGGCCACCACAAUAACAUUGUUAACCUGCUGGGAGCGUGCACGGAUUCGGGCCCCAUCUAUCUGAUAUUCCAGUACUGUCGCCACGGCGACCUGCUCAACUACCUGAAGAGCCGCAGCGAGCGCUACCACAAGUCAGCAGUGGACGCCUUGGCCAGGGAUCGCAACAGCAACCUCUAUGGGAACCUGAAGCCAGGGCAAAACUCAACCACCGUGCUGGAGGGCGUCGUGGACAACUACAUGCCGAUGCGCCCUGCCUCCAUCAGGGGGCAGGAGCGCAUGGCCCUCCUCUGUCCCAACUCGGACGACUGUGUUGAAGGUCCGUGGCGCAGAAUUUUAGACGACGCAGACGAUGGCGAGAAUUCAAAUAAAAGGGCUUCAUCCGCAGACCCGGAGAGCGACGACAAUGGACAGCCGGACGACUUGCAGGCCCUGACUUAUGAUGACCUGUUGAGCUUUGCUGUCCAAGUGGCCAAAGGCAUGGACUUCCUGUCCUCUAAAAACUGCAUCCAUCGUGACCUGGCGGCUCGCAACGUGCUGGUAACCAAAGGCCGACUGGUGAAAAUCGGCGAUUUCGGAUUGGCGCGGGACAUCGACAACGAUUCCAACUAUGUGGUGAAGGGAAACGUGCGUUUGCCCGUGAAGUGGAUGGCGCCCGAGAGCAUCUUCCAGGGGAUGUACACCAUGAAGAGCGACGUGUGGGCAUAUGGCAUCCUCCUGUGGGAAAUAUUCUCUCUGGGCGUCACCCCGUACCCUGGCGUGAAGGUGGACACCCGGUUCUAUUCAAUGAUUCAGAGUGGAUUCAAGAUGGAGUGCCCUUACUACGCUGACGAGUCUGUGUACGGAAUGAUGUGCAAAUGCUGGGCCCUGGCCCCUGAUGACCGACCCUCUUUCUCUAAAUUGGUGGACUUCAUGUUGGAACGUCUGACGGCCAGCGAGGAGAAGCUGUAUCACAACACAGUCAACCAGACAGCCAGCGACUACCGGAAUGGGUCGGCCAUUUUGGACGCCUCCAUUUUAACCCAACAGAACGUGGAUGACACGCAGUUGGACAAAAGCAAACCUAAACUGUCCGGUGAUCCACCAAAACAAUAAUUUCAAUACGUUCACACGUCUUUUAAAGUUCUAUAAAAGUAAAAACAGGCCAUAAUUUCUCCAUGCCACAUGCAUUUGCCUUUCAAGUGGAGCCGCACCAUUAUGUACACCAUGAUUGUAUUACUUGUGUUUUUUUGUUUUGUAUUUUCUUUCCCUGUUAAUAUGCAUUCAUUUUAGACGGCAGUGUCAUUAGAUUAAAUGAUUUGCCAAGUU